UUGAACGAAUCGGACGGAAGAACGGAUAAAUCGUGGGACCGGGUGUUUUUUUGGACUAUUUGCUAAAAAUUUUGCAUGGAUUUAUUGGUGGUAACAGUGUAUAGCUACUGAUAGCUGAAAGCUAUCGAUUGUACCAAUUUUCGAGUGGAUUACUAUGAGGAUAUAACAUAACCAUGAAUUCCUUGGUGCAAAGUAUUAGCCCAAUUCAUUCGAACCUGCCGAAGCUCCAGGAAGGCUCAACCGCAUCUUCCUUGAUGCUAGACUCAUCGCCGUCCUCUUCCAAGUCUUCCCCAACGACGGUAGUGCUCGCUGUCAGCGGGGGUGACAAUCGAACAAACGUCAGUUCCCUGCUAGUCAGGAGCAGCAACAACAGCAGCGGCGAUGAAGCACAAGCAAAUGAUUUCCUCUCCAGCUCACUGUCUUCGCCAGCGUCGGCCGUCUAUUUGUUGCAGCAUCACCAUAACCAUCAUCACCAUCAUCAUCCUCCGGUCGGUCAGCAACAACAGCUGCUGCAGGACAGUGGCCACAGCCAUCCACUCAGUGGUGGUGAUCAUCAUCCCCAGCAACAACAGCAGCAACAGCACCUUCCUCACCACAGUAAUAGUAUCACUACCAAUGGCAGCACCACCAGCAGCAAUAGCAGCAGCAGUAGUAAACGAAGCAUUGCGUCUCCGCCGCCACCCAGUUCCGGAGGAACUGGCACAGCAACCGCACUCACAACGCUGCCCCAGAUGAAUCCGUUCCAUCACAAUGCAACCUCGGCUCUACACAAUGACUACUACUCGGAGUACCGUCUGGGCAGCGAAUACCGUUUGAAUUCCCAUCCACACCACCAUCACCACCACCAUCAUCACCCACAUACGCAUCCUCAUCCGCGGGAUCUGUGGACGGCGGCUGCAGCAGCGGCGGCCGUUACACACGAUGGCCUCAGCCUGGACGAAAGCUGUGACAGCUACGGUUUAAGGCACACCGGUAAAACCCAUCGGAACGAGCGCUCGGCGUUCUUCGAUUUUGCGACAACUCCUUCGAGCCACCCGGCAGCGGCAGCCGCUGCCUAUUGCUACCGCCUAUCGACGCCACCCCAGCUGGUGAAACGCGAACCAAGCGACGUAACGGCUUGGCACACCUACUCGGAGCGAAUGUUCACCGAUCCAUUAUACACCUCGCUGAAGCUGCAAAGCCAGCAACAAUCGGCUGGUUCCUCGCCCCAGCUUAGCCAGCAUUCCAUCUUCCCGGAUUCCACCUCGCAUUUGACGUCGGCCCUAGACCACUCACACAGCAUUGCCUCCCACCAGCAGGACACAGCCGAACCCUUUUUUCAUCAUCAAGCGGGUUACGCUAGCUAUCGGCAACCGUCGGAUGUUGUGACCUCCUCGGAACCCGACUACUGCAGCACCGGAGCUACUGGCGCUUCGACACUCACCACGAUUUCCACUACCAAUCCUUCCCCUUUAAAUUCGCUUUCGGUUGCGAGUGGGCCGCUCCAUCAGCGUCGCGGUUCACUCCAACUGUGGCAAUUCUUGGUGGCUCUCCUGGACGAACCAGAAACCAGUGCAGGUUGCAUUGCCUGGACUGGCCGUGGUAUGGAGUUCAAACUUGUCGAACCGGAGGAGGUUGCCCGACGCUGGGGAAUCCAGAAAAAUCGACCCGCUAUGAAUUACGACAAACUGUCCCGUAGUCUUCGCUACUACUACGAGAAGGGAAUUAUGCAAAAGGUGGCCGGAGAACGAUACGUCUACAAAUUUGUUUGCGAUCCAGAGGCUCUGUUCAACAUGGCAUACGGAGGGACAGCUAGUGUAACCGGUGCUACGAGUGGGACGAAUUGUAGUUCGGUUCUAGAUGGAGCACUUCAUUCCCAUCAUCACCAGCAUCAUCAUCACCAGCAGCAGCAACAACAACAACAGCAGGGAAAUUCGUCGCCUCCCGCUUGCCACGGGGGACAGGCCAGCAUGCCCGAUGGUGUAUCCGAUGAGACUGAACGAAGCUCAUACUUCAGCACCGGCUCAUCAGCGUACACUCACGGAAAUUAAAGGACGCCAAGCUAGAACGUCCUAUUUGUUGUAUAAAGUUGUAGUACAGGGAGAGAAAAAAAACAUGUAAAUAUUAUUUCUCUCUAAAAAUAGUUACCGAUCUCGCCGGGCUAAUAGCUGAUUCCGGAGGGCUUAGAAAUUGAAGCAAUAAACCAUGGAUUAUG